GAGAGAGGAAGAGAGAGCACAAAGCCGAGAGCUCAGAGAGAAGAAGCGAGAACAGAGGGAAAGCAGAAGGGUCGUGGAAACAGGAACAAAAUAAAACUAAAUAAAAGAGAAAGUCAAAAGCCUUCGCUGAUGAUCGUCCACCGUCGCUGAGAAACUGAACCCGACUGAGAGAGAAAAGCAAAUUCUUCACCACGAUGGAGCUGUGGAGUCGACUCUGCGUCCUCGUUCUAGUAAUUUCUUCGAUGUCCAUGGGACAAGAAGCCAAGACUGAACCACCACUUAACAAGCCGGAUGAAGGUUCCCCUGCCAACGUCACCGCUUCUCCGUCCCUUGACACUGAGAAUAAAACUAAUGAUAUCAAGCCCACGGUGGACUCUCUGUCCUCUCAGAACCAAUCAUCACAGAAUGCAACAGAUGAGCGUGAUAUUACGAUGAACGGUGAAGGUGGGUCUCAGAUAAACACGACAGCGGAGGGCAAUGUCUCCACAAAGGCACCGGUGACCUCUCCGGUCAACAGGAGUGUGGGGGAGGGCAGCGGAGUUGGCAGUACGACAGUUUCAACAGCGAGCACCUCACCAAACCCAGAGCCCGGCUCGGACCAUUCGUUCUGGGGCUACGUGAUCCUGGUAUUGAUCAUCCUCGUGAUCAUUGUCCUGUGUGCCAUCCUCUACUUUCUCAGGAGAGUCGCCAGGACUUACUCGUUUGACCUUCAGCGUCCGGAUCACAUCAUCAAUCAAUUCAACGAACCCACCGGCACCUUUGAACCCGUCUACCUGGAUGAUCUCGAUCGACCGGCCCCUAAAGAUCAAACGACAACCGAUGACCUUUCACCUCCACCAGUAACCAACGGCACAAGUCUACAGUCAGAGGAAAAGGGCUCCGCUGGAGACAACGCUCCACAGGAACAGCCAGAUGCCAACGGUCUCAAGACUUUGCCCACCAGUAAGGGCAGCACCUCGUCAGACGAUGACCCGGCUGACAGGACAUCAGACGCGCCCAGCAGCACAAACCUGCUCUUCGAUGCUUCGGCAGAGGUACCGCAGAACGAAAACAACAACAACCCAUCCGUUUGCUCCAGUGACCCAUUUGUUGAGAUAAACCUGGACGAGCCGGCGUGGUGCGAUCAGCUCCUCACCUCCUCUGAAGCUACCUCCUCUGUCCUCCCCUUCUCCCCCUUCUCCUUCACCUCCUCCUCCUCUGCUCUGCACCUUCAGUAAUGAGCCCAAGAUCAACACGGAGACAAGGACUGUGUCUUUUAAAAGGCGGGACAUUUUUCUAUUCCAUUUCCAGCCUGCUCCAGGCUAGGAUGGAUUAUUAUUAAACAGAAAGCUAGCUUAAACCAUGUUGUUGCGCCGUGUUUGUAUGCGUUCUCCACUUCAGGCUGAAUGGUCUGAUAAUGUUUUAUUUUUAUUUUAUUUUUUUCUUCUAGAUGGAGGUUACCUCUGACACAGUUACCCUCCUGUCCUCAGCUCCUGUUUCUACAGCAAACAAACUCAGUCUGCUCAGUUAACCUGUGCUAACCGUUGGCUAGCUAAAUAGCUAGCCAGAGACUAGCUAAACUGCUGGUGUCUUUACAAGAUUGGUAGUCGCCUUGAGUCUCAUUGUGAUUAUUAUUUCUUUCUUUUUAGUUGUUUUGUCUCUCUGGAAUUGUUUUACGUCUCCUUGUUAGUAUUGUGCAUCUUGUAAUGGACCUUUGAGACUCGUCAACAGUCAAUUCAUACAGAAGCUCGGACGCCCUGACCUCUUGAGCCCCUGGGCCUGUGCCCGUAGGCCCAUCGGUCAUCCAGCCACGGUUGUCACAGUAGUCUUUUUAAAAUGAAUGAUGAGCCCAUGUUUUUGAUGGAGCACUAUGGUCAGUCUGAACACAGCCUUAAACUCUGAUUCUCAAACUACACAAAUGUCUUCUUAGCAAACUAGUAUGAAUCCGUGUCUCAUAUUUCUGUGGUGCGAAUUCGACCAAAUAGUAUUUGUGCCACAGUUACUGUAAAUAUGUUUUCUGUAUUAUAGUUUUUUUCAGUAAUUCCUCAAAAUCUGUAAAACAACAUACAUUCAUUUACACUUUAAAUCAGUGAGAUGAUGAAUGUCUCUGUGUGUGAUACUAGACAAACUGCUUUUUGGCCUUUGUGUUUUAAUUUGCAAUAUUUUCAAUGUUUGUUUUUGCCUACAUUUGUUUUUUACGAAUUGUUUAUUUUUUUUUUAAA